CUGCUUUUAGACAACAACUAUAAGCCUACACCUACUCUGCCUUUCUUGCGCUGCCAAGUGUCAAUCAAUCAUCUCUCUUGCUCUGUUACCUGUCAUUUGCGAUUAAGUAUUCUGCCAUGUUCGAUUGCUUCUUCUUUCCAUGCCAACAAGCGUGAACACUGUAGGGGCAAAUUGCUACACACGUUUUUUGGUAACUACAAACACCAACUAUGCGAAGUCUCUCCCUCAUCCUUAUCUGCUCUGAUGGAAAAAUCCGAAAUUAGCUGUUCCAAUUCCUAACAAUACAGAUUAAGAUUGGCUCACCCAACACUUGUUCUUCAAUCAUUCGCUAUAAAAAUGCCGUCCCAGAUCUUACCCAUAUCAAGCAAGCAUCCACAGCCUUCCAUUGGGCCACCCACCUCUGUGUCCCCUGCAGACACAAUGAUACUCAAAACAGAGAUUAUUGAUGACCCAGCUACCAGUCUCCUCAUCUAUUCUUCAUUUGAAGAUGAAACUAGCUUACCCAUCAAGCCCCUUUUGCCUAGGAAUUCCAGUUUUAGUGCGAAGUCGGCUACGGCUAGCGGCUCCUAUCAGCAUCGUCGGCGCAGGACUGCCAGCGAUAACUCUCUAUCUCUCCUCUCCGACAACGAUGGCCGUCCCCAUUCCAUUUGCGAGGACGUGGGACACGCUGCAGAAGAAACUCGUUUGAGUUUGAAGCUAUUUAAAUUUCUUGGGGAAGGAUACAGAUGGAUUACAAGAUUUCUUGCCUUCAAUUGUUAUGCUUUGCUGCUUUUCCCAGGUGUUGUUCAAGUUGGAUAUAACUAUUUCUUCUCUACUCAGAUUCGUAGAGGUAUAGUUUUUGGUGAUCAGCCUAGAAAUCGACUUGAUUUGUAUCUACCAAAAAAUAGCAAUGGGCCAAAACCUGUUAUUGCAUUUGUAACAGGUGGAGCCUGGAUUAUUGGUUAUAAAGCAUGGGGCACUCUCUUAGGGCAUCAGUUGUCAGAACGAGGCAUCAUAGUGGCUUGUAUAGAUUACAGGAAUUUCCCUCAGGGAACUAUGAGUGACAUGAUGGAGGAUGCUUCUCGGGGUAUUUCAUUUGUAUGCAACAAUAUUGCUGAAUAUGGAGGCGAUCCUAGUAGGAUAUAUCUGAUGGGACAGUCAGCUGGAGCACACAUUGCUGCUUGCACGCUCCUGGAGCAGGCAAUCAAAGAGGCUGGGGAAGGGGAAAGCAAUACUUGGAGCGUCUCACAGUUAAAAGCUUAUUUCGGUUUAUCUGGAGGGUACAAUUUGUUUAAUUUGGUUGAUCACUUCCACAGUCGAGGUCUUCACCGGUCCAUCUUUUUAAGCAUAAUGGAAGGGGAACAAUCUUUGCAAAAAUUUUCCCCUGAAGUCGUAGUACAAGACCCGAAUAUUAGAAAUGCAGUUUCACUUCUGCCUCCCAUUACUCUUUUUCAUGGCAGUGCUGAUUAUACCAUUCCACCAGAUGCCAGUACGAAUUUCGCCGAAUCUCUUCAAAGAGUUGGUGUUAGAGCUCGAUCGAUACUGUAUGAGGGAAAAACUCACACAGAUUUGUUUGUUCAGGAUCCAAUGAGAGGUGGGAGGGACCAGAUGUUCGAAGACCUAUUAACCUUUGUACACGCCAAUGAUGCAGAAGCUCUUUCGAAAGAUGCGGUGACUCCUCCACGAAGGCGGCUUGUACCUGAAUUCAUGUUGCAGUUGGCAAGUAGUGUCAGCCCUUUCUAACCAUCUCUGCAAGUCUCUUUGCUCUGUAUUUAGCUUUAUGGCUGAAGUAUUUUAGUUGUCAAAAAUCGUCCAAGCUAUAUGCUUAGCAGAAUUAUAGCUCCAUAGCAUUAUAGCAUGUAUGGCUACAAUACUGUAUCUAUAAUUUCUUAUGUCAUACUUGACUUCAACCUCUCUUGAUCUCCCUUGA